GUAUUGCACUAUUUUAUGCCUGCUCCAUAUUCAAUUAUUUACAUGCAUAUUAUUGCAUCUGCAUAUAAAUUAUAGAGAGAGAGUCUACAAGCAAGCUUCUCUCUCCUCUCUCCUUCAACUACACUUCUCACAGCUCAUCCAAUCUCAAAUGCCCAGAUUCUUCACCCAAUUAUCACUCCUUUUCAUCCAAACCUCUUUUUUCUAGAGAGAGAAACUAAAAAUUUCAACCAUGAAACGAGACCACAGCGCCGGCGCUAGCUCGUCCAUGACCGGCGAUAUUUACUCACCGGGAAAAUCAAAAAUGAAAUGGAACGACGCCGAACAAGACGCCGGGGUCGAUGAGCUGCUUGCAGUUCUUGGGUACAAGGUGAAAUCAUCUGAUAUGGCUGAUAUUGCUGAGAAGCUGCAGCAUCUUGAAACAGCUAUGGGCCAGGCCCAACAACAGGAGAUUUCGCAGCUUGGGUCUGAUACGGUUCAUUAUAAUCCAUCUGAUUUGAAUUCCUGGCUUAAUUCAAUGAUCGGUGAAUUUAAUCCCAAUCAGCCCGAUGACAUGUUUGCUCAGUCAUCUUCGAGUAAGAUUAUUUUCGAUGAUUCUGAUUAUGAUCUUAAGGCCAUCCCAGGGGACGCUGUUUUGUCAAAUUCAAAUAAAAGAUUGAAGACGGAGCCGAGUUGGGAGGCUCCGGUGAGUCAGAGCCCGAGCGAAACUCAGAAUCAGGCUGUUCAGGUUUUGGUUGAUUCGCAAGAGAAUGGUGUGAGAUUAGUGCAUAGUUUGAUGGCGUGUGCCGAAGCUGUGCAGGAGAGUAAUUUUAAGUUAGCGGAGGUUCUUGUGAAACAGAUUGGAGUGUUGGCUGUUUCGCAGAUAGGGGCGAUGAGGAAAGUGGCUACUUAUUUUGCUGAGGCCUUGGCUAGGCGGAUAUACAGAUUGUAUCCGCAAACUCAGAAGGAUUCGGGGUUUAGUGAGAUGCUUGAGAUGCAUUUUUACGAGACUUGUCCGUAUUUGAAGUUUGCUCAUUUUACGGCUAAUCAGGCUAUACUUGAGGCGUUUGCGGAUAAGAAGAUGGUUCAUGUUAUUGAUUUUAGUAUGAAACAGGGUAUGCAAUGGCCUGCUUUGAUGCAAGCUUUGGCUUUGCGGCCUGGUGGACCGCCGACUUUUAGGUUGACUGGAAUUGGGCCUCCUUCGCAGGAUAAUACGGAUCAUUUGCAAGAAGUGGGGUGGAAAUUGGCUCAAUUCGCCGAAACUAUUCAGGUUAAGUUUGAGUACAGGGGGUUUGUGGCUAAUAGCUUGGCGGAUCUUGAUGCUUCUAUGCUUGAUUUAAGGGAAGGUGAGACAGUGGCAGUGAAUUCGAUGUUUGAGUUGCAUCAGCUUUUGGCUAGGCCUGGUGCGAUUGAGAAGGUGAUGGCUGCUGUGGCGCAGAUGAAACCAGAAAUUGUAACGGUUGGGGAACAAGAAGCGAGUCAUAACGGACCGCUUUUCUUGGAUCGGUUUACCGAGUCGUUGCAUUAUUAUUCAACUCUUUUUGAUUCGUUGGAGAGCUGUGGUGGCGGGGUUGAUGGUGGUGCAGCCGUGAGUACGCAAGAUAAGGUGAUGUCCGAGGUGUUUUUGGGCAGACAGAUUUGCAAUUUGGUGGCUUGUGAAGGAGUUGAUCGGAUUGAGAGACAUGAACCAUUAACUCAGUGGAGAGACCGGUUUAACUUGGCUCGGUUUGAACCGGUUCACUUGGGAUCUAAUGCGUUUAAGCAAGCUAGUAUGUUAUUGGCUUUGUUUGCAGGUGGGGAUGGGUACAGGGUGGAGGAGCAUGAAGGAUGUUUGAUGUUGGGUUGGCACAGUAGACCGCUCAUUACUACCUCGGCCUGGAAACUCAGUGGUUAACUCGGUCAGUUGAAACUCAUAAUAGCGGGUUAUGUCACUCAGUGCCAGCGAAUCACAACACAGAGAGGUGGUGCACUACUAGAUAACGGCGAUUAUUGCAAGAAAGAGAUAUUACAAGUCUUGUGAUGUUAGACAUGUGUAAUGUACCAACAUUUGUGUGGUUCUACUUUUGUUUUGAUGUUUUUGCAACUUUUAAUUUACAAUUUUCUUCCCUUAUAUUUUAAUUUUUUUAUAUUGGAGGUAAUGGGUAGAAGAAUGGAUGUGAAUUUAUGUAUCUUCUCAUUUCACAUAAUAAUGGUUCUGCCUUUCUUUUUUUUCUUCUA